CGGGCUGGCCCGGUCCAAGCCGCGGCUGAGGCGGCGGCGGCGAAGGAUGCACCCGGCAGGCUUGGCGGCGGCGGCGGGGACACCCCGGCUGCGUAAGUGGCCCUCAAAGCGGAGGAUCCCUGUGUCCCAGCCGGGUAUGGCUGACCCCCACCAGCUUUUCGAUGACACAAGUUCAGCCCAGAACCGGGGCUAUGGGGCCCAGCGGGCACCAGGCACCCUGGGCUACCCUGCAGCCUCCACCUUACCCCAGGCAGCCUUCCUGGCUGAUCCCAUGUCCAACAUGGCCAUGGCCUAUGGGAGCAGCCUGGCCGCGCAGGGCAAGGAGCUGGUAGAUAAGAAUAUUGACCGCUUCAUCCCCGUCACCAAGCUCAAGUAUUACUUUGCCGUGGACACCCUGUAUGUGGGCAAAAAGCUGGGCCUGCUCUUCUUCCCCUACCUGCACCAGGACUGGGAGGUGCAGUACCAGCAGGACACACCAGUGGCCCCCCGCUUUGACGUCAAUGCUCCGGACCUCUACAUUCCAGCAAUGGCUUUCAUCACCUACGUCUUGGUGGCUGGCCUUGCACUGGGGACCCAGGAUAGGUUCUCCCCGGACCUCCUGGGGCUGCAGGCGAGCUCAGCAUUGGCCUGGCUGACACUGGAGGUGCUGGCCAUCCUGCUCAGCCUCUACCUGGUCACUGUCAACACAGACCUCACCACUAUUGACCUGGUGGCCUUCUUGGGCUACAAAUAUGUCGGGAUGAUUGGUGGGAUCCUCAUGGGCCUGCUCUUUGGAAAGAUUGGCUACUACCUGGUGCUGGGCUGGUGCUGUGUGUCCAUCUUUGUGUUCAUGAUCCGGACGCUGAGGCUGAAGAUCCUGGCAGAGGCUGCAGCUGAAGGGGUCCCAGUGCGCGGGGCCCGGAACCAGCUGCGCAUGUACCUGACGAUGGCUGUGGCGGCGACGCAGCCUCUGCUCAUGUACUGGCUCACCUUCCACCUGGUGCGGUGAGCCAGGCCCGGCCCAGGCCUCCAGCUGCCUCUCCUGGUGGCCUCCGCGCGCGCUGCCGCCAGACUCAUCUCACUCAUCUCACGGCCGGCCUUUGGCCCCGGGUCCAGGAGCCGCCCAGAUCCUGAGACAACCCCACCCCCACCCCAACCCAGAGAGAUCUUGAGCUGCACAGGCCGCCGCCCCGCCCCGCUGCGGCCGCUGUUAACAGAAACAAUAAACCCUGAUGGGCACAG